AUGGCCACGACUGUAGCUAGCGGUUCCGCGGGUGCCGCCGCGGCGGCGCUGGGCGAAGUGGAGGAUGAGGGCCUCCUGGCUUCGCUGUUCCGAGAUCGGUUCCCGGAGGGUCAGUGGCGCGAGCGGCCAGACGUGGGGCGCUACCUGCGCGAGCUGAGCGGCUCGGGGCUGGAGCGACUGCGGCGGGAGCCCGAGCGACUGGCGGAGGAGCGGGCACAGCUGCUGCAGCAGACGCGGGAUUUGGCCUUCGCCAACUACAAGACCUUCAUCCGCGGUGCCGAGUGCACGGAGCGCAUCCACCGCCUCUUCGGGGACGUGGAGGCCGCCCUGGGCCACCUGCUGGAUCGCCUGCCCAGCUUCCAGCACAGUUGUCGGAACUUUGUGAAAGAUGCAGAAGAGAUUGGUUCCAACCGACAUAUGAAUACUCUGACCCUGAACCGGCACACAGAGAUCUUGGAAAUCUUGGAGAUUCCUCAGUUAAUGGACACCUGUGUUCGAAAUAGCUACUAUGAGGAGGCUCUUGAACUUGCAGCAUAUGUGCGCAGACUAGAAAGGAAAUAUUCUACCAUUCCUGUGAUCCAGGGCAUUGUUAGUGAAGUCCGGCAAUCUAUGCAGUUGAUGCUCAGCCAGUUAAUUCAACAACUUCGAACUAAUAUUCAGCUCCCUGCCUGUCUCCGAGUUAUCGGCUACCUGCGUCGAAUGGACAUUUUCACAGAGGCUGAGUUGCGAAUUAAGUUCUUACAGGCCCGAGAUGCCUGGCUACGUUCCAUCCUGACCUCUAUUCCCAGUGAAGAUCCUUAUUUUCAUAUCACCAAGACCAUUGAGGCAUGUCGAGUCCACCUUUUUGACAUCAUCACACAGUACCGUGCCAUAUUCUCUGAUGAGGACCCAUUGCUGCCACUAGCUGCUGGUGAGCCCUCAGUGAACGAGAGUGCCAUAUUCCAUGGCUGGGUGUUGCAGAAGGUCUCUCAGUUCCUGCAGGUGUUGGAGAGUGACCUUCAGCGUGGUGGGGGUAGCCGCCUGGACUCACUGCUAGGCCAGUGCAUGUACUUCGGACUCUCCUUCAGCCGGGUAGGUGCUGAUUUCCGGGGCCAGCUUGCACCUGUGUUCCAGCAGGUUGCUUUAAAUACUUUCAAGAAAGCAGUUCAAGAAGGUGUGGAGAAGUUUCAGGAUGAAAUGAAUUCCUACACUCUUAUCUCUGCUCCUGCUGCCCUGCGGAGUGCAAUUCCUGCUGCCGUCCCUGUAACUCAGCCUGGAACCUUGCAGCCCCCCAUGGGGCUGCUGGAUUUUCCACCCCUGGCAUGUUUCCUCAACAACAUUCUGGUUGCUUUCAAUGAUUUGCGUCUCUGUUGUCCUGUGGCCCUGGCUCAGGAUGUGACUGCUUCUUUGGAGGAUGCCCUUGGCAAGGUAACAAAAAUAAUAUUGGCCUUUCACCGGGCAGAGGAGGCAGCCUUCAGUAGCCAGGAGCAGGAGCUCUUUGUCCAGUUCUGCACUGUUUUCCUGGAAGACUUGGUCCCUUACCUAAAUCGAUGUCUCCAAGUCCUCUUUCCACCAGCUCAGAUAGCACAGAUUUUGGGUGUUCCACCCACGCAACUCUCCAAGUUUGGGAACCUCGGACAUGUCAAUAUUCAGGUUGUCCAGGAGCCUUUGGCUUUUAUCUUGCCAAAGAGAGAGGCAGUUUUCCUAUUGGAUGAAAAGGGACUGGAACAAGAGGUCAUAGUUCCAGAAUUUACAGAACAGAAACCCAGUCUUGCAUCUACUUCUGAAGCUUCCCUUGAAAAUACAGAAGAAAAAAGUGACUUGGAGGACCCUCUGCCAUCUGACCCUCCUGCAGAUGGGACCUAGUGCAAGGGUAGCCAGUUCUUUCUGACCCUCUCCUGUAACUUCAACUCUUUGACCCAGAACCUGGGUAAAUGACGUACAGGGAUUUUGUAGGAAGAAGGUAUAUCAGCAGUGCUAUGGCCUGAUCACACUGACUUCCUGCGAUUUUUAAUUUAUCCUUAGGAAGGUAGAGUUCUUUUCUCUGAGACAGUGUCUGAGGAGGUGAUAUAAGAGUACACAUACAUUGAAAACAAGUCUUGGAGUAAUUCUUUGGGUUUGAAAAUAGGUUGGGUGAUAUAUAAAAAUAUCUAAUCAUAAAUAAUAAAUAUUUAUUUUUAACCCUGA